CAGAUCCCAGGGAGGUUGUGGCGCCUACGUGUGUGGUGUGUAUGUGUGUGGUGAGUGUGUGUGUGUGGUUGUGAGAGAGCGAGCGCCAGCGCUCCCACAUGGCCUCCAUGCAGGACGGGCUGAACUUCACGUCUCCUACCUACGGCAAGGUCCUGCUGCUGGGUGCCAUCGCUGCUGCCUCAGCCUUCAUCGUCACCAUCCUCAUCGUGGUGCUCUGUGUGGGCUGCCAGAGGUGAGACGAGUUAAUGAUGAUGACCAUGUGCACACAUGGAUAUACACACAUUUAUGAGUAACGGAGUUAAGAACGUACCGUAAACUCACUCCACAGCUAGUUUGUAAUUUUGCCGAUGGAGCUAUCGAAUUAGAUAUAUUUUGAUAGCUCAAACGGUUGGUACGUUGUCAAUGAGGGCGGUCACGUGUGCUAGCAAGGCAGAGGUCCUGGGUUGGAGCCUCUCGGUGUGAGCCGAAUCAGGAGGAAGUGGUACUCGCUAAGCAAGCAGCGUGACGUCCAUAACACCUGUACGAAUGCACGUACACACACACGGACACAGCUGUUUGUAUGUUUAUAAUACAUUAACUGUUGUGUUUACUGUAGGAAGGGAAAAACGCAUAAUGUCUCCAGUGAAAGUGGGAAACACAGGCUGAUGGACAUGGUGAGUCGUAGAGAUCACUCCAAUAACCACAUUUAACACUUUAGGUAAAACAUGGAUACAUUUAGCAUUCACAAGCAAUUGAUAAAAACUUUCAUCUGUUUGUGUGUUGCCAGAGUAUACUCAGGCAGUCAAAGCUCCGUUCCAUCAGCAAGUCGGACGGUGAGAUGAACAAGCUAAACUGCAAUGGCAAAAGUGAGUAGAACUCUUAGGCAUGAGAGAGUCACUCUUCAGCUCAGUUUGUAGAAAUAUUCACCACAUAACAAACAACGAUCCUUACAACUUCUACAAGGCUUUUUUUCAUAUACUGUAGGUGUGAAAGAAUGCUAACCUUUCUGGUUUCCAUGUGUCCUGCAGAGUCAUCUAAAAAGAACCGUCCGGCUAGCAUGGACCUUCUGCCCAGCCGCCGGUCCAAUUCCGACCUCCGCUCCGGGGGACGGACGCUACCCCAGAUCCCCUCUGGCACCGGAGAGGAUGGGGAGCACACCUACUCUGAGGUAGGUCAACGCUCAUCCCCGAAGCGUGGCCCUGAUAACAACCUCUACGCCAUAGUGGGCAGGGCCGGAGAGACAGACACCCCAGCCCCUCCGGCCGUCCCAGCCAACACCCCUGCCCCCCCUGAUCUAGACGGGGAUGGGUUGAAUGAACCGCUCCCCGAGCCUGAGCCCAUGCCCCAGGCUAUGGCUCAUCCACAACCCCCGGAGACGACUGCAGAGUACGCCUGCGUCCGGAAGCUCCGGAAGGUGGACAAGGCUGUCCCCCAGAAGAGGGACAGCGGGACCGAUAUGGGGGAGGCACCGGUGCCGCCUCCCCGCCACGCCCCACCAUCACACCCUGCGCCACCUCCGCCACACCCUCAACACCCUCACAGCAUGAAGAUGCCCCGGAAAAACGUGGAUGCUUUCAAGCUGCCCACCUUCCCCAAGGUUGGUAGAGAAAUGGCUGAUGGUACAGAAUGAUAAAGAUCAAGUUUGUUCAUGUAGGAAGUCCUUGACAAAGUCAGACCUUGAUGAAGGCAAUCUGUGUAGAAAUGUUGAUUAAUUUCACUGCAUUAUCCUGCCUAUUUGUACAUGUCCUUGCAGUUCCCUACAAGUAUUACUAAAAGCUGUGUCUGUGUGUGUUUGUGUUUUGUAUAGGAUUCUGUUUUGUACUUAGAAUUCUUCCCAGUGCUGCUCUCUCAGGCCCAAUGCCAUAUGGAUGACGCAAUCCAUUGAAACACAGACCAUUAUCCCUGCAGAAAGACAAUGGGGCUGCUUACAACUGUCAUUCAAACAGCAAGCUGCACCUUUCAGUUGAAAUCCAUGAGAUGUGCUACUUCGUCUACUUCUAGUUUUAUUAUACAUAAUUUAUUCUUCAUUUGGUUAGUAUCCCCUGUGCUCCAAUCAUUUACAACUGUACAGCUGGCAUUAAGCUACUGUAAUGGUCUAGAAUCUGGAUACUUCCUACAUUCAUGCCUGCAAGGCUGUCUGAGGGUUUAUAAAUGAGCAUGCAUCUUCUUUAGGAGGUGCAGUAUCUGUCAUAGAUGCUGGGUCCCAAGACAGCCGCUAGAGAGCAUUGAAUCUAACUCAAUUUCUCCUGAUGCCUCUUUGCAGCUCAAGUAAUUCUGUUAAGAGCUAAACAUUUCAUUGUAAUGUUUAGAGUGCAAAUGAAAUGCAUUUAUAUGUAUGUUGGCGCACAUUUCCUCUCUCACGCCCCAUUUUAAGGACUGACUUGUAUGCUCCUUAGCAGAGGGGAGAAAAAAUUGAUUUUGAACAGUAAGCCUGAAACAGAACUUUUCAUUACAGUCCGCCAAGUAUUGUACAAAAGCAUUAUGUUUUAUUGUUGUGUUUCAUCUUAAUCAUAUGUGACGUUGACAACCCAUUCAUCCUGUUCUCUGAUUGGCUGGAAGGAGGCAGUAUUCAUGGGUAAUGGAGAGCAGUACAUAUGGAAGCCUCCAGAGGAUGAUGACAUCACCAUGCUCCAAAACAAACCCUUAGGCCCUCAGAGUCCUCACAGUGGAGAGAACAUAAAGCCUUCCACUGCUUUGGUGAGUAUGUAUGUCAUUACAAAGUACUGUAGGUGUGUAUGUUGUCUAUCAGAUUGAUUAGUACUGAGGGUUGUCCUGUGCUGUGUGGUUUCCAGGUUGCAGAGAUGUACUCGAAGGUGUGCAAACCAGGCAAGAAGAAGAGAGCUGUUCCUGGGUCUCCCCCAGCAAACAUUGGCUUCCGGACCUUGGGGCGUGGCGACCGGGACCGGGAGCGAGAUGGGGGGUUCAGUGUGGUGGUCAAGCCCCAGACCUGGGCACCGCAGGAGGGGAAACCCGUCGGAGGAGCCUCUGCCACUCUGGAGGACCACUGUUAUGAGUCCAUCGAGACGGGGGAGGAGUGCGACCCCACUUAUGAGCCUAUGGAAGGUGGUGGCAGUUGGAAGCGAGUUGGAGGAACCGAACGGCCUCCCAACACCUGUGCCACACUCAGGCCCAGGAGGAAGAAAUCCCAGCAGCCCUUGCAGCAGCCUCCCCCGCCGCCGCCCACACAGCAGACCCCCAAGUUACAGCACCAUCCAGCCAAAGCCCUGCUGCUGCCUGGGGAGAACCUGUACGAGAGCAUUGGGGAACUGAAGCAGGGCGGAACUGCCACCUCCAGCACCACUACCAUCUUCACCUUCAACGACGGCAUGGAGAUGUAUGUCACUGGGCUCUAAGGCUGUGACCUACCUGACCUCUUACCUCCUUCCCAGCAUUUAAAAAGAAGACCUCGGUCAGGGAGAGCUGGUUGAGCCCCUCUCAUGCUCACUUUGUCUACAUUACAGUCAUAACUUCCUGCCUUUCAGAGCCUAGGGCAAAAGGGUUGGUCAGUGGUUAACGGGCUGAAGAGAAAGUCCUUGGCUGGGUCAAGCCCCUAUCUUGAAUCCAAAGGUAGUGAUGAGAAAUUAGCACAAAACUAUUACAGAGAAAUCUGUAGGAUGGUAGCACUAUUUUAACAAUGUGCAUAGCACAAUUACAGGGAAAAUUGCCUAAAUUCUUCACCCAUUUUAGUGGGUAAAAUCAUAGAAAUAUAAUUAAUUUCUAUGGUUAAAACAGUGUUAUUGUACUGGCAAUCCUGGAGCCCUAGUUUAGGAACGAGCACAACUUUCAGUUUACUCCCGAUGUAGCACUUAGUCUCUGUAUGGCAGACCUUUCCCCCAAGUUUGUCGAGGUGUGAUUCAGGAAGGAAUUAAAAUAAUAAUAUAAAAUAAAUAAAUAUUAAUCAAAAGACUUGAAAGCUCAGGGACCAAGAGUCAAAUUAUGAGAGAAUAAUGAACUAAAUUGCACACAUUUUGGCAUUCCUCCUAAAAAACACAAAGAAUUCUGACCAUAUUCACAGAUAAAAAUACCAGAUAAUGUUCCCUUUUCAUUUGUUACAUAUCACAUGGUCUGUCUCCACUACCAUCUGUAAAUUAAGUGUUUUACUUUGUCAGUCCUUUUCCUGCACUUUGCCUGCUUAAUGUUGCAUGCUAAAAAAAACUCUAACAAACAAAAAUCAAGCACUGUCAUGUGGUACCGAAGAACGGUUUGUUUUUUGUUACUGUUGUUGAUUGUUUAGUUAUUAUGUUGCUUUGUUUCUCUUAGAGAGCACAAUGUCAUUCUAAUUCAGGAUAGCUUUGGCUACUGGAAAUCUCUGGCAAUCGUUACUGUCAAGUUGAUCACUGCCUUCAUUUUCAACAGAGAGGAGAGGAUACUACUAUCUGAACCACAGGGGCCAUAUCAAGUCAAGGGAGCAUACUGGUAAAGUUUACACAAAUCUAAUAGCUCCAUCCUCAGUCUCAAAACUGUGGAUCAAUCAAGAUACUGCUUCUGCCUCACGAUGGUGAUUUCACCCUCCUAAGCUCUGAACGCAGGUGAAGCAUUCAUGAACAAACUCUCUGUAGCUAUCUCAUCACUCCACUGAUUAACAUUUUUAUCUCCUCUCAAUAAAAAAUAAAAAAUUCAACAGUGCAGUGACAACAAAUGACAACGAUACAACAGAGAUAUUGUAAAGGAGCGUAUAAGAGGUAUAACUCAAAAUGUAUUCUCAACCUGGACACUAAAGAACUUCAUUUGACCAAAUAUACCCAGCACAUAAUGUGGUUAUUAUUCUGUAUGUUGAUGCAAUGUGUACGUGCGUAUGUUACAAAAAGAGAAAGAAUAAUAAAUAUAUCAUUGGUGUCAAGAAAUCUAUCUUUUACUAUUUAUGUUUGGUUGUAUUUUGGGAAUGACUUAUCUGGUGACAUAAUUGUAAAGCAAUGUUACAAUGUGAAAUUUGAUGUGUUUUUGUUUAAAUUUUCCAAGCCAUUUAAGUUAUGGUGUGUUCUUUGAAAAGCCCAGCUAAGUUUUAUGUGGCAGCUAAUGUUGUGUGUUUGCUAAUCAGACUACAGGGUCUUGUACUCAAAGCGUGUAAUUAAGUGCUAAAAAUGCAAAAGAUUGUAAUGUUUUAUAUCAAGAUUACUAUUCAUGAAAAUGUCAGUCAAGUUUAUACUUUUGUAAUAAAGUGGC